CCUCCUCCAACAAUCACCCUCCCACUCACCCUAUCCCCUUUGUACACGGACUAAACGUAUUCUCUUCUCCCUGAUUGGCCUCUACGACCUCAAGAGGACCCUACUCUCAAAAACUCCCAACAUAAAAACAAAAGCACAAACUAUAAACCCCAACAACAAGCUUCUCCUCCUCCACUCUCACCCAUCAAUCAAAGUCCAGACCCAUCAACAGCCAUGCCUUCAGGUGCGAAGAAGAGGAAAAAGGCUGCUGCCAAGAAAAAAGAAGGGGAGAAGCAGACCACGGAGCAAGAUUUGGAAGCAAAAACAGAGAUGGAGGGCUCAGAGAAUGCAAGAGAAGAAAACCCAUCUCCUGAUGCUUCUUCUGCUGAGAGACCCACUGAGAUUUCAUUGGAGAAAGUAGAAACUAGUGAUGUUAAAGAUGUGGGUUUUGAGCAUGUUGAGUCUAAAGAGGAAGUGGGUAGUAGCGGUUUGGGAAGAGAAAUUUGUGUUUCUGAGAGGCCCAACGAGUUUGUUGAGUCUAAAGAGGAAGCGCGUAAUGGCAAUUUUGAAAGAGAAAUUUGUGUCUCUGAGGCACCCAAUGAGUUUUUAGAGGUUAAAGGGGAAGUGGGUACCGAGAGGCGCACCGAGAUUUCAUUGGAGAAACCAAGUGAAGAGGAAACUGAGCAGGUGAUUGAGGCCAGUGAAGUUCCACUAUCAGUUCCCGCUGAUUCUGCUGUAAGCGAAGGAGAAGAAAGGGGAGAGAUGCCUAUUAUGGGCACAGUCAUUGAGACCCCGGAAACCGCAGGUCAAAGUCAUUUUCCUAUAUUAGAACAGCGAGCGUCGUUAUGGAAUUGUUGCGGAUUGCUUGAUCUGUUCAAGGGAUCUCAAUGAUAAUAAUAAGAGAGCAGGGGAAGUAUUCUUGCUCAGUGUUCCAGCUGCACAAUUUGUAAAUCCUAGUCACUAAAAUCUGGAUUUGUAACCAGAAGUGUCAGAUAUAAGAGCAGCCAUUUCCAAGAGCACACUGUGUAAUUUUUAAUAAUUUUAUUACUUGCUUGUGUUCUUAUGAUGGAAAUCAAUGGAAAGAUGGACGGUGAGUUUUGCUCACGAGGCCUGCAGUGAAAUUUAAACUGGUUUAUACGCCUAUAUUUUCAUGACUGAGCAAUGUUUGCAGUUUCC